AUUGACCACAUCAUAUGCAGGCAUCUAUACAUUGACGAUGUGCAGACAUACUAUCUGCAGUCGCACAUCCCCAGACUCGAUUACGACCCGCAUGAGGCAUUUGCACAAAGGCUACCUGGUCUACGUGGAUUUCUAUCCUAAGAUGUUCUGGUAAACGACAUGGCAUGGACCCCAUUUCAAUAUCAGAGAUCUCUUUGUAUUGAAUACAAGGGGUGUCCAAUUGACGAUCUACUGUCCAAGGUGAACAUGGACGCGGUCCAGAAGUUGGCGUUGGCGGGAUUCGUUAUUAGCUGCUUGUAUUCAUUAUUCUGUGGCCGGUAUGAGCAAGAGGCUCACCUUCCGCAUCUGUUGGAGCUGAGAAUAGAGCGAGCUGACUGGGAUGAUGUAGUGGUGGCGCCAGAGAAUACCUAAUACAUAGUGGUUAGGUGUCCUAUGAUGCUAAGGGU